AUCUUUGCUUCCAAUCCAAUCUCACAAGUCCUUCUCUUCAUCGCAUUGGUCACUAUCUCGUAAUUACUUCCUAUAUAUAUUUCUCUCCUAUCUUUGUGCCUUAGAAGAAUAUUUGCCAUGGAGUUCGGUUUUAGGCACCAACUUGGGCUUGUUUGUGUGAUAUUGCUGUUCCCUGCACUAUGUAACUGCCAGGAAUAUUUCACCAAAUCAAGAGCAACCUAUUAUGGUACCCCUGAUGGCUUCGGGACUCCAACGGGAGCUUGUGGCUUUGGCGAAUUUGGAAGGUUGAUGGAUGGGUAUGGUGGAAGAGUCGCUGGGGUGUCAGGGCUAUGGAGGAAUGGAGCUGGCUGUGGUACAUGUUAUCAGGUAAAGUGCCUAAUGCCAAAAUUAUGCGAUGUGAAUGGAGUAACGCUGGUGGCAACAGACUACGGUCAGGGAGACAGAACAGACUUCAUCAUGAGCCCAAGCGCCUUCUCAAGAUUGGGAGUUAAUAAAAUUGCAUCCGAAGAGAUUAAGAAAAAAGGCACAGUGGAUAUUGAAUUCAAAAGGGUUCCCUGUAAAUACACCGGAAAUGUCUUGUUUCAUGUCCAGCAAACUAGCAGCAACCCUGGUUACUUGGCUGUCGUCAUUCUCAAUGUAAACGGAAAAUACGACGUCACUGCUGUUGAAAUGUGGCAGAAGAGUCAACAACGAUGGGUCCCACUACGCAGGUCCUAUGGGGCAGUGUUUGACUUUGCUAACCCACCCAGUGGUGAAAUCCUCUUGAGGUUUAAAGUGGGUUCUAAUUGGAAGCUGCCGAAGAUCCCUAUCCCUGCUUAUUGGAAGCCUGGUGCUACUUAUGACACCAAAGUUCAGGUUUAUUAGAAAGAUAAAAAAGCACGAAUGCUGGGAUCCCAACAACAUAUUACAAUGAAAUAAGCUCUAGUAUUAUUACUCUGUUUGUUUGAAAUAAGCACAUGAAUUUGCACAUCAAAGUUCAUCUCUUUGAAUGUAAUUAGUAUUACUCUCCUACUUUCCCCUAUAAAAUUACAUGCAAUAUGAAUAAAGUAAAAGUGGUUGCUGUCUUUUUUUCUUCUUUCAA